UGGAAAGAGAUAGAAAGGUAGAUUUAAAGCUGAAUUUAAAAGAGUACCCGUUGUUUCCCGUUUUCUUCCAGGUUCAGCCAUGCAGGAGAGCGGCGCUCCGGGGGGCGAUGGCGACGACCAUUAUAAACAGGAGAUGCUCACCGCCGUACAAACAGGUGACGAGGAGAAGCUUCGCAACGCUGUCAAGAACCUUCCUCAGAAAGCGAUAAACCACGUGUUCCCUCACCCUGUGUAUUCUCCUGUGCUUCACGUAGCUGUGCAAAAUAACUCCCUGGACUUGGUUAACAUUCUCCUCGCUGCAGCUGCUGAUCCCAAUGCUAGGGACCAGCGGGGUAAGAAGUUUUGUCCUAUCCACUACGCGACGCAGAAUGGCAACAGAGAGAUUCUCGAAGCCCUGCUGAAGGCCGGCGCGGAUCCUAACGCCAAGGAAGGAGAGUUUGGGCGAACCUCUCUCCACAUCCUGGCCACACGAUGGAAGACCAACGAAGAUGAUUACAAAGCCUUCUUGGACGUUCUCUUGGGUUGCAAAAGGAUAAAGAUUGACAGUCUGGACAGCAACGGGUCCUCGCCGUUAUACAUGGCAGCCAUGAAGUCCUGGGAAUAUAUGGUGCGCCAGAUGAUUCUGAAGGGAGCCAACAUCGAGAGCUCCGUUGGUAACAAGACAGCUGGCGACAUUAUUCGCAAAAAGCUGCCUGGGCUCCUGGAAACUAUUGAUUUCUCCGUGAUUGAAAAGCCCAAACGAUUCUAUGGAGAAGAACUCUAUGAUGCUCUCAAAGAUGGCGAUGUUGACUUGUUCAGGGAAAUUCUUCAGGAAGUGGACAAUUCCGAUGAAGUAAAGUUUAAAGCGUCCAUUAUCGAGGAGGACCACGGGGAAUACACACUCCUACAAUAUGCCUGCGAUAACGGCAUGCAGGAUUUUGUUGAGAUCCUCCUGAAACACGGGGCUAAUCCUGUGCGAAAGGAUGACACCAGCAAGAUGUCACCUAUCUUGUAUGCUACGAGAAAUGGUUACUACAAAAUUGUCGAAAUGCUGAUCGAUUCCAUGAAGUCCCUGAGGGAACUGGAAAAAGGGGCACUGAAGCAAUGUGACCAAAGGAAGGAAACGCCCCUCCACAAGGCGGUGAAGCGCGAGUAUCCCGAGAACAGUGAAAGCGUCGAUUACAAGAAGUGCCUGAACUUGCUCUUGGAGAAGAAGCGUUACCUUGACAUUGAUGCCCAGGACGAGUUUGAUAACACACCCCUCCAUUACGCUGUUCUCUGUGAUGACCAAAGCUUUGUACGCACACUGCUUCUGAAUGGGGCUCAUCUGGGUAUUAGGAACAAAUUCGGAACCCUUGCUAUCACUCGCAUCCAGGCGUCAGUCCUCGAGGAAGUACUCAAUGACUGCAUCAAAUAUAAGAACAAUGUUGCUGAUCGAGACUUUGAAAUCAUUAUGCAUUAUAGCAUGCUAGCCCCUGCACAGGCCUCGCAGCAACCAGAGACUGAAUGCCUGAGGUUCCUUAGCAGCUCGCGCAAGCAUCGUCGUCUUCUUUUGCAUCCUAUAAUAGACACUUUCCUCUUCCUGAAAUGGCAGAGGAUUAGGCAGUAUUACUUCUUUAAUAUAUUCGCUUAUACGGCCUUCCUUAUUCUUCUCACUGCAUAUAUACUGAUAUAUUUUGGAACAUUUAUAGAUCCUUCUGAAGCCACUCCCCAGAAUAAAUCGGAGGUUGCAAAUGUGAAUAGUUCAGCGGAGGAGUCCAGUGCAGACCAGGGAAUGACUGUGGAGAAAAUGAAGGAAGCGCUGAUGGAGAACUUGGUCAUUAAAUUCCUCCUUAAAGCAGUAAUUUCAAUCCUCGCGCUCUAUAUCGCUGUGCGAGAAGGAGUACAGUUCUGUGUGUCUUGGAGACUCUAUGUGUCCCGUUUGGAAAACUGGCUUGAAAUUUCCAUUGUGGUGCUGACAUUCGUGCUCCUCUUCCUCCCCCUGAGCUCAGGGCCGCAGCAGAGUCUCUCGGCGUGGCUGGUUCUCUUCUCGUGGAUCGAGUUCAUCUUGCUGCUUGGCCGUCACCCCUACCUGGCUGUGUACAUCACCAUGUUCACUACCGUCACCUAUAACUUCCUCAAGUUCAUCAUCAUGUUUUCUUUCAUGAUUGUCGCAUUCAGCAUUAGUUUUUACCUUGUGUUCCAAGUUGACGAAAACUUUAAGACGUAUCACCAGUCACUCCUGAAGACUAUAGCCAUGACUACAGGUGAGAUUGAAUAUACAGACCUUCCCCUCUCCACCCUGCCUGUUUCAUCCCAUUUGCUGUUUGUAUUGUUUGUUUUCCUCAUUGUUUUGGUACUGAUGAAUCUCCUCAAUGGUCUGGCUGUCAGCGAUAUCCAGCAGAUUCAGCAGGAAGCGGAGAUCGUCAGUUACAGCAGUCGCGUUGAACUCAUCUCGUACAUUGAGUCCGUAUUCCUGGCAAGCCCAUUUCAAAGGAUUUUUCCGGGGCCCAUCACAUGCUGUGAAAACGGCGGAGACGACUGCUUCCUUGGGACGUGUCUGGAAUCCUCCAAUCCAGCUACAAAGCUUCUGAACUGGAUGGGGCGAAGGACGCUUAUGUUUCAGUCCUGUCUCCGGGAGCGCCGCAUAACUGUCUAUCCGAAUCGAGGGAUGGACCGCUGGCAUGUCUGCGACUGCCAUUCGUUCCAUCUAAAGGAAGCUCAGAUCGAAGCUGCAAAGGACGUAGUUCUCGAGAAGGAACAUUCGGUUUCAGAUCACCGCUUGUCUAGUCUGGAAUACCGCCUUGAUGAGGUUAUGGCCGCCAUUUCGUCCUUGGCAGAUAAGGUUAACAAACAUGUACUGUGCCCUUCCCCGUCCUCCCAGUGACUAAACCGUUCUUCACGCUCACUCACUGAAAUAAGCAUAUAGUUUAUUCCGUAUUUUUUUUUUUUUCUGUUCUGUGCGUUUGGUAUUUUAACAGAAUGAAGUAACGUAUCUGCAAUGCACAAGAAAGUUAUGAAGGAUUUCACUACAAAUGUUUUCGUUUUUAUUUCUAAUUGGUUGUGUUAUACAAUAUAUGUAUGUAUGUAUGUAUGUAUGUAUAUAUAUAUAUAUAUAUAUAUAUAUAUAUAUAUAUUGUGGUUCUUUAUGAGUGUCAAAAAUGUCUACUUCUAUUUAUUUAUUUUUACGACAGUGAUUGGUUGUUAAAAGUGUUUAAAGGAAAUAUACAUAAUAAUAAGACCAACUUUGUCUAAUACUUAAAAUAAUUUUUGCAACACAAUAUGUAAUUUGACUUAAUAAUUCAGCUUUUGUAUUAGAAUGUAUGCAGAGAGGUGAUUUGAGUAACCCCUGAUCUCGAAAAGGUAAAUUGAAGCAUUUUGUCUUUUCGCAUUAUGGAUCAACUUGUAUAUUUGGCAGUUUUGUCCAUUGCAGAAAGCUGCCCACCGCCAUGUAGUGCUUGGAGAUGGUUCGGUGCUGUUGAUAGUCAGUGUAAAGUAUUAAUAGUUUACUUUUGUAAUGCUUUUAUAUAAUUCUAUGGGAAUGUUAGAAUAAGGCAUUUUAGGUUUAUUUUUGUGGGUUACUUAAUGAAUGAGACCUUUUGCAAGCACUAAUGUGAUAGGUAACAAUAAAAAAUAUUUUUAUCCACAAGCAAGGCAAGUUAAUGAGUGCAAAUUUUUGUUUCUAUUUGCAAAUAUAUAGUGUAAAAAAAGUUUAGAAAUGGAUUCAGUAGUUUUUGUUAGGACUAGGAAGGAUCUCGGAGUGUGUGCUGUAUUUUGUGUAUAUAUUUAGAGAUGCAGUGAUGUCAUACCGAUUUGCUAAACUAAAUAAUAGAUCUGACUCGGACUUCAGGAUACCGUUUCAUAUACAUUCUAUAAAUAUUAAAACGCUUCAGGAUAUUACCCCACAGGCAACUGUGCUGUAUUCAGAAUAUCUAACUCAUGUUGCCCAACAGCAGCACUAUACUACUACUUGAGGUGAGCUACGGGAGCGCGAGCGCAAAAUGUACUUAAUUGAACAAUGGAGUUGUGUAAUGUGCUAUGCUAUCCAGAUAAAGUUACAUGGUGCAA